AUGGGUUGCUUUUUCAGCAAGAAUGGACAAGUGCGGACUUUGUCUGAUGACCUGGAAGAACCACUUCCGGCAUCCGCCUUCUCAACCCGCGGCGCGGCGCACGCGUGGCUCCAAGAGAUUGGGUUGCCGCAGUAUGGGGAGGCAUUUGACGAUGCAGGUUUCAGCGAUUGGGACCUGCUGUCCUGUCUCACGGAAGCCGACCUGGAUGCCAUCACCGCCCACACGGGCGCCGUCAUACCCCCGGGCCACCGCAAAAAGCUCCUCAUGGCCUCGCGACAGAUGGGCGCG